GGUAAGACUCUGACUGAAGGAGAAACUCUGAGCUUUGAAGCGAACAGGAAUCAAUCUGGAGAGUACUGGUGUUCAGCAGAGAAUGGAUUAAGUGUGACUGUCAAUGCCAGUGCCCAUCUUGAUGUUCAGUUUCCACCAAGUUUUACAACAACACCAAGCGAUCUUACUGUGCAAGAAGAUAAUGAAGCAAGAUUCCAUUGCUCAGCUACUGGGAACCCACCUCUUACGAUAACAUGGAUGAAAGAUGGGAAGACUGUGGUUCAAGGAGAUGAACUGAGGUUUACUGCUAAACGAAAUCAGUCUGGGGAAUAUCUAUGUUCAGCAGAUAAUGGACUGGGUGUGAAUAUCACUGCUAGUGCCUCUCUCGAUGUACAAUUUGCACCAAGUUUGAUCUCAACACCAGCUGACCAGACAGUUAUCGAAGGAACCAAAACAUCAUUUUUCUGUAAUGCCUCUGGAAACCCAUCUCCAAAGAUAACUUGGUCGAAAGAUGGGGAGAUUCUGACUGAAGGAGAAACUCUGAGCUUUGAAGCGAACAGGAAUCAAUCUGGAGAGUACUGGUGUUCAGCAGAGAAUGGAUUACGUGUAGUUGUCAAUGCCAGUGCCCAUCUCGUUGUUCAAUAUGCGCUGAGUUUCACAUCAAUUCCUGGAGAUCAGACUAUCGAAGAAGGCGAUGAAGCAACAUUCAAAUGUAGCGCUACCGGGAACCCAGCUCCAGAAAUUACAUGGAUCAAGGAUGGGAAGACUGUGGGCUUGGGAGAAACCUUGCAGCUUACAUCAGUUGACAGGAACCAAUCAGGAGAAUACGUGUGUUCAGUUGAUAAUGUAUUGGGUUUUAAUAUCGAUACCAGCGCCAAACUUGAUGUGCAAUUUUCACCAAGUGUAGUCGAAGCACCAACGAACAAGACCAUCUUCGAAGGUGAAACAGCAACGUUCCAUUGCAAGGCCACCGGGAACCCAGCCCCAGAGAUAACAUGGACGAAAAAUGGGAAGACUGUGGGAUCAGGAGAAACGCUAAGCUUCGAAACGAGCAGGAAUCAAUCUGGAAAAUACUUGUGUUCGGCUAACAAUGGCAUUGAUAAAUCUGCCAGUGCAAGUGCUUAUCUUGAUGUCCACUAUCCUCUGAGCCUCACUACUACACCAAGCGACCAAACUGUCAGGGAAGGUGAAACAGCAGAAUUUCAUUGUAGUGCCACUGGAAACCCACCUCCAAAGGUGAUAUGGAUGAAAGAUGGGAAGGUUGUGGGUCAGGGGGACAAAUUAAGCUUUGAAUCAAGCAAGAAUCGAUCUGGAAAGUACUGGUGUAUGGCGAGAAACGAACUUGGUUUGACUAUCAACGCUAGUGCUUUGCUCGAUGUUCAGUUUUCACCAGUUAUUGACACAGAGCCUGUCAGCAAGACUGUCACUGAGGGUACCAUGGUCAAGUUCUUUUGUAAUGCCACAGGAAAUCCACUUCCGGAGAUUACAUGGAUAAGGAAUGGGGAGACUGUUGCUCAAGGAGAAACAAUAAGCUUUGAAACAAACAGGAAUCAAUCUGGAGAAUAUCGGUGUUUAGUCGAGAAUGGGAUGAGUCCGAAUGCCAGUGCUAGUGCAAAUCUUGAUGUGCAGUUUCCGCCAGAAUUUACCCGCAAGCCAGCUGACCAAACUGUUACUGAAGGCAACAAAGUCACUUUUCACUGCGCUGCAAACGGUAACCCUGCACCUGAAAUAAAGUGGGUCAAAGGUGAAACGACUUUGGCGUUGGGAGGUACACUGACGUUUGAGGCAAGUAGGAAUCACUCAGGAACGUAUUUGUGUGUGGCUGAGAAUGGUUUGGACGAGGAAGUCAAAACAAGUGCUAAUCUUGAUGUGUUGUUUCCACCAACUGUUACCACAAAGCCUAUCAACAAGACUGUCACUGAGGGUACCAAGGCAACGUUCUAUUGUAAUGCUACAGGAAACCCAAUCCCGAAGAUUACAUGGAUGAGGGAUGGGGUAGCUGUUGCUCAAGGAGACAUAAUGAGCUUUGAAACAAACAGGAAUCAAUCCGGGGAAUAUUGGUGUUUAGCAGAGAAUGGACUGAGUCCUAAUGCAACUGCUAGUGCAAAUCUUGAUGUGCAAUUUCCACCAGAAUUUACAACCAAGCCAGCAGACAAAACUGUCACUGAAGGCAACAGUGUGCGUUUCCACUGCGCCACAAAUGGUAAUCCAUCACCGAAUAUAAAGUGGGUUAAAGGUGAAAACACUGUGGGUUUUGGAGAUAGUCUAACGUUUGAAGCAAGUAGGAAUCAUUCAGGACGUUACAUGUGUUUGGCGGAUAAUGGUUUGGAUAUGGAAAUCAAAGCAACUGCUAACCUUGAUGUGUUAUAUGGACCAAGUCUGACGACAAGACCAACGGAUCAGACCGUUGUUGAGGGUGCUACAGUCACGUUCAGCUGUUAUUCCAUUGGUAAUCCUGUGCCAGAUAUUGUAUGGAUAAAAGAUGGAAAGACUGUGGCGGUGGGAAACAUACUGAGCUUUGAAACGUCAAGAAAUCAGUCGGGAAAAUAUUGGUGCUCGGCCAAGAAUGAUCUUAAGACUGUGAACGCAAGUGUCAAUCUUGAUGUACAAUUUCCCCCCAGUUUUACCUCAAAACCAGUCGACCAAACUGUUAAGGAGGGAGAUGAAACCACUCUCCGUUGCACUGCCACGGGAAACCCCACACCAAAUAUAACGUGGAUUAAAGAUGGGAUGGCUGUGGCUUUUGGAGAGACAUUCAAAUUUUCAGCGAACAGAACUAAGUCUGGAACAUAUUGGUGUUCUGUGGAGAAUGGACUGAAUGUCGCUGUCAAUACAAGUGCCUCGCUUGAUGUCCAAUUUCCACCAAGUUGUGUGGUAACUCCAAAGUCCCACUCUGUCAUCGAGGGCCACGACGCGUCAUUCCUUUGCAGUGCCACGGGGAACCCAACUCCAGAUCUCACAUGGUAUAAAGAUGGAAUGGUUGUGGCUUCAGGAGACACUCUGACAUUUACAGCCAACAGGAAUCAAUCUGGACAGUACUGGUGUUCAGCGGAAAACAUUUUUAACGAGACUGUUAGAGCUAGUGGAAAUCUCGAAGUACACUUUAAACCAGAAAAGACCCGUCUAACAGUGACUCCAGACGUCUCCGAUCGUGUCAAAUUUGGCAGCUCUGUGAAGUUCACCUGUACCGCGGAAUCACGUCCAACUGUGGAAGUGUAUAAUUUUUACCGCGACCAAUUGUUGCUUGGAAGCAACAUUAGUGGUAUUUAUGAAGUUCAGCUACAAAGAAGCGGUCGGUAUUCCUGUGUGCCCGUCAACCGCGCAGGAAAUGGAACAGAAUCCUCGAUAAACAUUGCCGUGGAUGUUCAGAAGCCAUAUUUCCCUGAGCUGGUCCCUCCGGUUUACCUGUUUAAGGACAGCCAGGCUCGGUUACCUUGCAAGCCUGCGGGGGAACCGCAGCCAACAGUGAAGUGGUUUAAGGAUGGUGUAGCAAUUAGUUACGGACAGAACGCAAGCUACAGACUUCAAGCAAACGGUACCUUGAUUAUAGACAAAGUGGAAAAUGGUAACGCUGGGAAGUACACCUGUAUGGCUGAAAACUUCUUGGGGAAAGCAAAUAUAACAGCUCGAGGAAUUUUGCUUGAGAGGACGAAGAUCUUUAUGAGACCUCCACAAAGCCAGACAGUCAGUCAGGGUACAAACGUGGAAUUAAAAUGCAGCGCGACUGCGGAUCCUUCUUUGGAGUUGAGAUAUAUUUGGAAAAAAGACGGCAUUGAAGUCGUUACUAGCUCAAAGCCGGAAAAUGUGUUGAGGAUCUCAAACAUCUCUGUUGACGAGGCUGGUAUUUACACAUGUGUAGCAUUCACACCAGAACCCAAGAGAUCAGAAGACAGCGUCUCCGCCAUUGUUUCCAUCAUAGGUGUUCCACCUCCUCCGGAAAAUCUUCAGAUAACUGAUUGCUAUGACAGGGCACCCAUUCUAUCAUGGACUCCUGUGGCCUCAAACAACGCCCCUAUCACUCAAUAUCUGAUUUAUCAAGAAUCGAAUCACAACCCAACCGUCUUCAAACUUCAUAAUGUCACUGACCCUAACGUUACAUCUUUUCAAUUAAGCCUCCCUGGCUGGACCAGUCUACGUUUCCGUGUAAGGGCAGUCAACGACUUUGGAGCAGGCCGCCCCAGUCUGUCAACUGCGAAAGGGGCUUGUGAAACACCCUCCGUAGCACCAGAGAAUCCCCCAAAUAAUUUAAGAGGAGUACCUGGAAAUGCAAAUGAGCUGGUCAUUUAUUGGGACCCUAUGCCAAAAGACAAAUGGAACGCCCAGGGUUUUUAUUACGUCAUACAAUACAGAAGAGUGAAUGGACGGAUUUCUGAAUGGAGAGAUGAGAAAAUCGCCGACCCUGGAGUAAACAUGUUUGAUUUGUCUAAUCCUGGUUACUAUCAACUAUGGGAAUUCACAAUACGCGCGGGUAAUAACGAGGGAUCUGGACCUGCCAGCUCUGUGAAAAGGGCGCACUCCGGUCAAAAUGCCCCAGUUGUAAAACCAGAAAGUUCUGAAGUGGGAACGGUGUCUGACGAUUCAGUGACUUUGAGCUGGGAACCUGUCACCGUAAAAAGAGGCAGUAUCGACGGAUACAGGAUUUAUUACUGGGGUGAACCUCUCUCAGUCAUCUCAAGGAGAAAAAGACGAGCCGUUCCUAGUACAGCCGAAAAAUUCGAGGUCAUAGGGGGCAGCAACACACAGGCUACAAUUACUGGACUUAAACCAUUCUCAGCUUAUAGUGCUGCUGUAAAGGCUUUUAACUCUGGCGGUGAAGGACCAGAAAGUCCCAUAAUUAACUUUGAAACUUCGGAGAGUGAACCUGGUCCGCCAUCAGACGUAUUCAUUGAUGCAUUCGGUGAAGUCCUCCUGAUCAGGUGGACACCGCCUCAGGAGCCAAAUGGAAUUAUCAGCGGCUACCGUGUGGGGUGGGCUGAGUACGACGUCUCCUCGCCUGAAAGUGUUGUUCUUUCUAUGGAAGAAGUAGAAGUUACUGUGCGCACAAUAUUGUUGAAAAACAAAAAAUCUGAAACGAGCUAUGUAGUGGAGGUGCAAGCCAAAACUAGUAAAGGAUGGGGCCGCGGUUUAAGGAGGAAUACAACAACUGUAAAGAAAUCAGCUCCUGCCAAACCGCUAAAGCCCACCGUUAAGCAGAUACCAGGCAAAAACGCGUUUAAUGUCACCUACAACUUUGCUGUCGGAGGAGGCUGGACACUCGAGUUCAAAGUUUUGUACAGAAAAGAAGCAGCAGAAGGGGAGACAUAUCAGGUGACAGCUUGGGUAGAUCAUUCCGAAAGGAGAUGGACUGAGAUCGAGGAUCUGAAACCAGACAAGUAUGAAUUCAAGACUGUGGCUAGAAACAAAGUUGGGAUGAGUGCAGAAAGCGACCUCACGUUUGCGGACCUGGAGAACGCAGAGACAGAAGUCGUUGAACCCAUUAAACGUUUAACCUCUCUCUCAAUUGCAGCUGAGCAGAAAAGUCCAUCCACCUAUAAUUCCGAUUGGUUCAUCACAGUCGUUAUCAUCGGAGCUAUUGUUGUUCUUCUUAUUGUAAUUGUCGUUGUGGUCAAACAAUGCCGGAAGAGGCGUAGCGAAAAUUUACAUGAGUCCGAUAAAGAAAAGGAAGCCAGUCAAGAAAAUCCAAAACCCAUCGACUUUAAACCGCGCGAGGACUGGAGAACAAGACUUGAACGUGUGGACGAAGCUGACAGCGAAAGCCACGACAGCUUGGAUGAAUAUGGCGGAGGAGGAGCAUAUUUUUCAGAAGAUGGUUCCUUCGUGGGUGAAUUUGACGCGAAGAAAAGCGAUACUCCGCAUGAACAAGUUCAAGAUCCAGCUGUGUAACACUGAGAAGUCUUAGAUUUCCCUCUACUGAGUCUUUUGAGUGUUAACAUGCAGAAUAAUUUAAAAAUUAAAUUUGCAACCGUUUAGCACCGUUGCAAGUUGAAAGAGUUUAAACUGAGAGUUUGAAGUAAUAGAUAUUUCGUUACUUUUGAUUCACAAUGCUAUGCGAGGGGUGAAGAAAAACCACGCUAGUCUCUCAAACAGUUGGACUCAAUAAAAAACUACUCACUGCUUUUGAGAUUUUAUUUUAUUUUUUGACGAUUAUAGGUUUACAAACGAAACUUGAAAAAGUGUUUAGUCGUAGAACAUCAUGUUCCUUUGUAGAGAAAAUCAAACCUGUUUGCACUCGAAGAGUCAGAAACUCUGUCAAUUUUUCUUAUCUUAUGUUUUGGGAGUUCAAACUCUCCAACAGGCACUGCGGGCUCGGUUGUUUGUUUGAGAGGAAAUUGUUUCAGAAAAAAGGUUUUCUUCCCAUAUUGUUAGACAAUUAUCACUAACUGCUUGUCUUAGUUUUAAAACUGAUUUAUUUCAAGUUUGGUAGCAUUCCUCUGAGAAGAAUGACACCAUUAUUGGGAAAGUGGUGUCGCCAGGAUUGGUCGGUUUGAUUUUUUCUUUCUUUCUAUUUUCACUGCACGAAAGAAGUAGAUUCGGCAGGCUCAAGUCAGCUUCAACUUUCGUGUUCGCGGGAACAAAGUGAGCACCCGCGAAGAAGUGUGAAUUACUUUUCAUCUCAGCCAAUCAGGUGUAAGACUAAACUAAAUGUUGUUUCGCUGGCGCUAAUUUUCCCGCGCUUUAUCUCUACUGCCUCUCGCUUUCCGAUUGGUUCGACUUACUUUUUUUGCCAUUUGUGAUUGGCUAAAAACAUGAACUAGUAUAGCAUUCAGUCUCCCAGUUGACAACUUGUAGGAAAUUUUAACACACAGUGAAGGGACACAACUGUCCUAUGUUUUGAUACAGGAGUUAGUUAUUUAAUUUACUCGUGUUUUUUUUAAGGAAAUUUAAUGUAAGAAAUUGUUACAGUAAAUGGUUUACUUACGAUUUUUAACAAUUUUAGCAUAGUCCUAUUUUGCCAAGUCUUGAAGAUUCCCUGUAAAAUUUCUGUGGUAAAGAAUGAUUUAAUACCACCAAGAGAUAUUGGAUAGUGAUAGAUGCAGGCUGUAGUUUCUGCUGACAAGGUUCAGUGCUUCCAGAAUUAAAAUUGGCUGUCUGUUGUACACCGCUGCUUUCAGUUACGAAAGGUUUGCUAAAAUCUAAGCGCUUAGAGUUAAGGAUUUCUGCUUUCAAAUAUAUAUUAGCUAAUGGCCGUAGGAGUUAGAUUCUCAAAUUUAUUUGUUUGCCUUAUAUAAUGAGCCGCUAAAUUAGUCGUAAGUUUAUCUGCUAUUAUUGCUUUAUUUAAAUUGAUAAAAGAACAUGUUACUUUGGUUAAUUUUCCAUGAAUAAAAAAUGCCAUAACGCUUAGUUAAUAAAGAUGAAUUCCAAAAUA